AUGACCAACACAGAACGCCGCCGCCGCCACCACCCCUUGUUUGACAACAGCUACCUGGUCCUGCGGAUUUUGCGCGAGUCAUUCUGGAUAGAAAGCGGAGUCGAGGACAGAUACCACCGCCUGGCGUAUCUCCAGUACAUUUUCCACCGCUCCCUAGUAUGCCGGGCAUGGCGAACGGCGCUGCAGCCGAUCCUAGACAGUUGCCUGAUUGUUCGCAUAUCCCGAUUCCCGAGGCCCACUCUCCAUGAAAGAUUUGCGCUGGCACGGAAGCACCUACAAACACUGGCCUCGCGGCUACAACCAAUUGGCAAGGGCAAGGCGAUGCCGAGAAGGCACAGUGUAGUUUCGGUGACCAGGGUGAAACAGUCUAACGGGACCAUUCUCCAUUUCUGCAGCAAUAUCCCUACUGUAUCCCCAGACCAAGUGCACACCAUUGUGGUGUCAAUUGACGGUCUUUUGUGCCAGAAUCAGAUAAACUUUGCACUACAGAAGAUGAAGUUUCAUGAGCAGGAGUGGGUGAGCGCGCGAACCCUGUGCUUGCAGCUGGAUGAUGAGCCGGAUAUGCCAAUCUACGAUGCAGAGCUACAAUCGCACGAAUCGACCGUACAAAAGGUGACAAAGCAUGCGCCCAACUUGUCACUGUUUUACAUGGUCCGGCCGCAAAAGUCACAAACAAUGGCCAAGAUAUCCUUGCUGGAUGCGUUCCCCAAUUGUAUGCGGCAGCUUCAGCGACUCGAGGUGCAUUUCGAUAUUAACUGCAGUGAUAUUCCGCUGGAGCUGCCCAUCCUCACUUCGCUAACAUUGUCUAUUGAGCCUGGAUCGGCUGCUAGCCGCCGAUUGCCGUGCGGGGCAGCCGGCUCAUUGCAAAAAAUGGAGCUCUAUAAUGUUGAGCCAGACCUUCUUUUGACCAUGUUUGAGGCCAACGCAGGCGUGGUCAGGUUUGCUGAGCUCAAGUCUCUAAAACUGAGUCUGCGCACGCACUCUUUCGGGGCCAGCGAUCCCGAUUCGAGUAUAAGGCUUGCCGGUGUCGGCGUGGGUGGAUUGCCCGUUGUGUUUGAAAAGCUCGAAUCGGCGCAUGUUUUUGGAUUCCAAGACCGUGUGCCCGUGGGACUCUUCCCGGCCCUGGCACGUGCUCCAGUCAAGAAUUUGUAUGUUUAUCUGGGCAUUCGCCAUGUCACGCAGCUGGAGCUCGACAAGAUGAGGCAUUUGCGAAAUCUGCGGUUGUACCUGCCACAAAUCGAGGCGGUCCAGCCUAUCCUCGAUUCAGUGUUUGUCAAGCGCGCGGAGUUUCUGCACACAAUAUACAUCUACACGCACAUGCGACUGUCCGGCCACAUGUCUGACUUCCUGGACAUGCCCAACAUUUACAAUCUGAAUCUUGGCAUCCUUAUUCCCUUUGACCAAGUACGCCUGAUAAUCACGCAGUUGCCGCGCCUGGUAUUCUUGAAGGUCAUGUUGGCGCGGGAUCAGCGCACAGAGGGUGCGCUGACGCUGGCGGAGAUGGAAAGCCGGGUACUGGAAAACAUUAACCCACUAAAUUCAUUGCUGCAGGUUUUGCGGGUCUGGCAUUAUGAGGAGUUUUGUAUGCCCGAUGGCCGCAUUUCUCUGCGCGCUGCUAUGGUCACUGGGUUGCUGGCUAGUAUUCCGACGCUGGCCCGCUUUAAGGGUAGAGUUAGUGUAUCGGCUAUGCGUAGCUCGCUGGCGAGGAUCUUGGACUCAAGGUUGGUUUCGGCAAAGGCCGGCCAUCUGCGGCACUUGGAUGUUUGCGAGGGGUACGAAUGA